GGGAGUGUUAAAAGAAGAUCGCAUUGAACGUUUACAAGAAAUUGCUGAGAUAGAUGAUUCAACUGGAAUGCCUCGUGGAUGUGAAUACCCAACUGAUCCGAUACAAUUCAAGGAGUAUGAAUAUCUUAAAGAAAAGGAGCAAUAUAAAAACCUUUUCAAAACAUUUAAAAAAGCCUUUGAAGGACUGGUAAAUAAAGUAAUAGAAUUUGCACAACAAAAUUUACUAAAUAUUAAACUAAAUCCUGAUCAAGCUGAAGUUAUUGCAAAUGAAUUAAAAGAGUAUGAUAAAACUGUCGAAAAAUCACAAACAAAGAUGAAAAUGCAAGAGGUAAAGGAACUGGACAAACUUUCAGUUUUAGUUCUAUUAGCGUUUCUAAAAAGGGAGCAAAAACAAAAAUAG